ACUUCCGGGUGAAAACGUGUAUUUCCGGCGUGGAAGACGACACAAACAAACCAGUCGUGCUGUGGCGGGUUUUUAUUCCCCGUGUGCUAACGGUUACAAACGGGCUGCGGAUGUGCGCUUUGCCCGGUCGGUGUGUUGAGGCUGGGCGGUGAAGAGACGAUUACCAUGGUGAAGUGUGUCGUCUCUGGGUGUCCGAACUGCAUGGUAAAUGUUAGCCGGGGGCUCUUCAACAGACCCAAGAAGAGGUUCUUCAACUUCCCCCAGGACCCUGCGCGUGUCCAGGUGUGGCUUGCAGCGCUGAGGGAGACGGAGAAGCAGGACUCUGCAGAGCAGCAUCUAAUCUGUGAAGACCACUUCCUACCAGAGGACAUCUCAGAUGAAGGCGUAAGCAGUGACGCCAUUCCCAUAAUGCCCCCCUGCCUUGACGGAGCCCUGGGUCUGCUUAGUCAAUGGGGGGCCGAGUCGUCCGAGGAGGAGGAUCAGUGGGCUGCUGGAGGAGGAGGUGGUGGUGAGGAGGAGGAAGAGGAGGAGGAGGAAGUUAAUGUUCCUGUUAUACCUUUUGCACAAAGACCUACUCCACAUAAGCAGGAACCAGAUGCCAAGACGGAUUUAGGAACAAGAAGGGAAAUCCUCAGUCAUUUGAAAGAGAUGAUACAGACCAGGAUAUCCACCCGGCAAGAUGUGUCUCUGGGAGUUUUGACAGUCCGUUUCCUGGAGCUUCUGCUGAUGUCGCCCGAUGGCUCGAUCGACCUCCGGGAGGUGACGAAAACACUGCAAACCCGCAGGCGGCGAGUUUAUGACAUCACCAACGUCCUGGAGGGCUUCAACUUCAUUGAGAAGCAGACAGCCAAUAAGGUUAAGUGGAUAGGAAGCUGUCCAAUCUCCAGCUUUCUGCCAAAGAGCAGGCAGAAGUUCCAGAGAGAGCUGGAGAACCUGAAGCUGGUGGAGGACACACUUGACAGCCUCAUCAAAAGCUGCGCCCAGCAGCUGUUUGACAUGACUGACGAGUGCCAGAACGCUCUAUUGGCCUACGUGACCCAUGAGGACAUCAGCCGGCUCGAAGCUUUCCAGGAGCAGACGGUGAUCGUCGUCAAAGCUCCAGAGGAAACCAAACUGGAGGUUCCUGCACCGACAGAGGACAGCAUCCAGGUCCACUUGAAGGGGGGGAGAGGUCCCAUCAGGAUGAUGACUUGCGAUAUCGGGACAGGUGAAGCUGUGACAGAAGAGAUGAGUGGCUGCUUUGUGACACUGGAGGAAAGCCGGAUAAAGACGACCACACUGCACAGAGAGACCUCGAUUCCACAGAGUCCCACAGAGUCCCACACAGAGCACGUAGCUACCAGCUGAUCUCCAGAAGAUAUCGUCUGAUUUCAGGGUUCAGCACAAAGAAUUUGAAAGCAUUAACAGAAACUGCAAAACAUUUCUGAAAACGGUUUUGACUGGAAAGAUCCAGAAAUGAACUGUCAGCUGAACGUCAUCAGCUGAGUCCUGGCAUGAUGGGGACUUUAUUUAUGGAUCAUUUGGCACCACUUUUCACGUAACUGAUGUGGAUGAGGACAGUUUAACCCGGAUGUUUGGAGAUUCAUUUUUGUAUGAAAGACUUUGGGGGGAAUUGAGCUGCUGAGCCUCCGUUCUGCAGAUGAGUGCAGAGAUUCUGGAGGCCUUGUAAUACACAUAACAGUUAUUUACUGACGAACAUUUGCUGUAAAAUAUUUUACUUCUUUGUAUUUUGUGUUUGUAUCAGUGUUUAUGUCCUGAUAUUUGAGUAUUUUCAUCUUGGUUUGAACUUUCAUUUAGAAACGCACCUCCAAGAUGCUGUAAUGAAUAAAAAUGAACUUGUAUAAA